UUGAAUAACCGUUAAUGUUUACAUGUGCUUCUGAUUAGAGUUAAAUCAUUUAAGGUUUUCCAUUGAUUCAACUUUAACUGUACAUUGAUUGUUGUCUCAUUUUCUUAAACAAUCAUGAAGGAUGCAAAUGACUUUGACAUUGAUGAUCUUGCCCAAGCUUCCGUUCUGCCGGUGGCCGAAACAAGUACCUGUGAUCCCGCCGCUCCUCCAACAACCGGCGCCCAAUAUUUACUCAGAGUAAAAUUGGAAGCUAAAAAAUUACCCGAUUUUAUCGUUCGAACGCCCAAACGUAAAGGUAAAAAUAAACAAUGUAAACAACUUCCAACACCUCGAGCCAAAAGUGUUCAUCAGUUUCUCCUGGAACGUUUUAUCAAAGCGGACAAAGAAAUCUGUCCAACUUUGGCCUGGGCCGAUGACACGUUGAGAAAUUUUAAACGAGUUCGAGAUAAAGUGAACGAGGCUCGAAGCUUGUCCAGUAAUCCCUUGUGUGAUAGCGAUAUUCACAAAGUCCCUCAUGUCCGUAAUACGGCAGCAUGGAAGAAGAUUAUUCUCGGUGAAACAGAUGAGACAGUUUCAGACGAACCAAUUUCCGAAGUGAAAGGAAUCGUUUACAGUACCAAAGGCGGUAAAGGUCCACUUUUAUCAGUUAUCGUCCAGUUCCCACAAGGAGCAAUAAUUGAUUUCAUCGAGUUGAUAACAAGUUGGGUUAAGCAAUUGGGUUGGUGCCAUCAAGCGGCCGUUUGGACUUAUUCACUACUUGCCUGUUUAGAACUACCUGUUGUCGGUGAUGUGGUGGCCGUUUUACGUGAUCUAUCGCGUACCUGUAGUAGCAUUCGGUCGAAGCAUAAAAAUAUUGAAAAUAAAUCUCUCAUUACGUCGUUAAAUUUGAUCAUCUGUAUAAUUGGACAGUUUUUCGGUCAACUUGAUAUUUGUGAUGAUUAUUUACCUAAAGAAUUGAGUUCACCUUCAACUUCAUCUGCUUCAAGUUCAGUGGUCACUCCAAAUGAGCCUAAAGGUGAAGAUAUUAAUCAAAAUAUUCCAGUACAAGAUGUUGAGACUUUGAAUAAACAAAUUGCAGAAAUUCAGGAGAAAAUGAGAAAACUGAAUGAGGAAUAUUCACCAACCAAAGUUUCCUCAGUGACCACAGUUGAAGAUUCCAAUUGAUUUCCAUCAUCCAUAAAUCUUGAUAAUCAAACUGACCACUAAGAGAAAACAACAAACAAAUUCUAAACCAAUUUCCAUCUCCUAAAGGAUCAAUUUCUUUGUCCGAAUCCUCAGAAUUGCCAUGAUUAAUUAUCACAUUCCAUUUAUACCAAAGAAAAUAAAACUCAUGGAGAUUUAAGAUUUUAAUCAUCAUGACUAAUCCCAUCUGAUUAUAAACCUUAAUCACACUCAUCACUCACAAUCCAAGCCCAAUUUACUUAACCACCAAUUUAAUAAUCUCAAAAUUAAGUUACAGUUGGAAUCAACUGAUUACAAGGAAUCUCCAAUUCCAUGAUAAUCAAAAUGUGAUAAUUUAUUGAUUAUCUUUCUCCCAAUAAAAAUUGAUUGUUAACAAAAUUCAUUUCAAUGCCAAUCUCAAAGUCAAUUGGAACUAGAAAUCCAAUUAUAAAUUGACAAUUAAAACUUUCUUACCUUUCAUGUACAAUUUAUACUAAAUAAUCAACUCGAUAACCGUAAACAAUUAAUUGUAUUUCCAUGCCAAGAAUCAUUAAUGAAAUAAUAAGAUCAACGUUUGUAAUAUUUUAAUAAAAAAUUGUCAACAAUUAA